AUGGCGAAAUGGAAAUAUUGCCUUGAUUCCGUCAAACAUUUCAAGACAAAAUGGCGGUUUACUAGAAAUUCAACCUUUUCUCAAACUCGCCAAUGUCAUUACCAGACAACCCUACCAGUCAAGUGGAAGAAGUCUUUGAAAUUAUUGACUAUACGGCAAUCUGCAUCUACGUUUGAACGACUAGUGGUGUCCAUUGAAUCAAUUCUUACCAAAUGGGGAGUAGACCAGGGCAGACUCGGUGUUCUGGAUUCAGUUGGAACUGCAGCAAUUACUUGCAAUUCAACAGGACGCUCAACUUCAAAAACCACUACGCAUGGCAUUGGAAUGCCUUCAUUGGACUCUUCUAUUCCAAACCAAGACUCGUUAAAAUCACAUAUUAGAUACAAGACAAUUGUAUUCGAGGAGCAGACAUACACCAUCUCGUAUCAUUCACUUCCUACACCAAUCGCUUCGAGUUUUUUAGAAACAUCUUCAGAUAUCAAACAUUUUCAAGAUCAACAGCCACAAUGCAGUCUGCCAGAAUCUAUUUCAGAAUAUUUUCCAGUGAUUCAUUCCAUGGCAGAGUUUUUAACUUAUCCUGGAUACACAUCUUCAAGCUCUCGAGGUUUUGAUGCUUCGCGUAUUACUGCUGCUGCUAGGAAUCUAGCUGGCGGAGCCACCAAUGCUGGAUCUACUUCAACCACAUCUAUUCUUGAGCACCACUCUUUGCUUCAUCGAUGGACUAGUCUGACUCACUUUCUGGUGUUUUCUGGCGUACAAACUUUUCAAAAUCGGUGGUCUCCAGAUGCCAUAUACAAUGGCAUUGACGAAGACGAUACCGAGUUUACCUCGGCUAGAUCUGGCAUGGUGGACAUCAAUACCAGCAAGCUAUUUUCUUCUGCUUUUUCCCUGGCAUUGUCCAACAUCAUGUGCACACUUCCUGUUUUUAUCCAGACAGGUCAGACUUGGAAGCGUGUCUACCAGGGCCUUGUCGUAUCUACGUGCCAUUCUGGAUCGAGUAUUCCUGGAUUUGAAUCCAUGGGAAUGCGUGAAGCAGUUCAACGGUAUCGCAUGUCAGUUUUACCUUACUCACCGCCAGCUUAUGCUACACUAUUGUCCAUAUGUAAUAUUUUCAAAGAUAGAUUCGAUCUGAACCACUCUGAUAUUCCAUCUGCAGAUAUCAACAAAUAUAUUUUUGCAUCAAUUGCUACUCGGUAUGUUUAUGAAUUCAAUUCUAUCGAAGCUGCUGAUUUCAAACAACUCCCACAAGAAUUCCAAGUUGCUGGCGUGUUUACCCCACUCGUAAUGGACAUACCUAGUCCGAUCCUGCGGCUCACACUGGAAACGUACUAUCCAGUUGCUCCUAUCAAUUCAUACAUUGGUGUAUCUAUCGAUCCAACACUUUCACCGAAUUGGAAUUUGUCGAUUGCCAAUGUUUCAGAUCCAAAAUGUUCCUAUUUGAGCAAUAUGUUAAAAUCCGUCAUUGCAGGCUGGUUAGAUGCUAUGCCAGACAAUCCAUCGAUUCAUGCUAUAUCAACUGAUCAUAUGCUCCUUCCAGGUGGUUUCUACAACGGAUCGGGAUUAUCCAACAUUCGCAGUUUAGACAAUCCACGACAACGGUUGGUUGAUCAUCAUGAUGUAAUGGACACGGUUCGAUUCAUGAUUCAAACAGCUGAAGUUGUGCCACGUUUUCAGCGGAAUACACAUGCUACUACACCAUACAUGACUCCUAGUUCUUUACUACAGACAUCAGCCACAACAGAUAUUCCUUCCACAUUCACAUUCAGUCCUUCUAAUACGCCUAUAUCCGAUAGAAUGCUAAUGAGAUCUACAAAUCAAUUGAUUUCACAAUUACAGUAUCAGUCGGCAACUGUACCCAUGAAUUCGCCUUUAUGGCUUAUGGGUGUUCGGCUUUUAGAUGCGUGUCUUUUACGCCCAAAGCAUUUGCGAUACGAUGCAGGGAUACUUGCGCUUUUAAAAGGGGUGUGGGAAGAAUUUAUCAAUGAGCUGUCGCAGCUAUGGGAUUUAAAUGCAUUCAUUCCUGGAGUCGAUAUUUGUGUGGCUGAUGAUAAUGGACAAACUAGCGGAAAGAAAGUAGAUGUGGAUAUGCGUUAUACACUGAUGCAUCAAAAACUCGCCAUGCUAAACUGUUGUAUGUUUCGAAAGACGGGUAUGUACCCAUCUGCUGAAACCAUUGCUUUGCAAAAAGAAACGCACAAAAACAAGGCGGAAGAUAAACUGGACGCUGGUUCUAUAAAAGUCAACACAGGUAGUUUAAAAUCAACAAUUGCUCAGCAAUUUAUACCCACACGACUUUUUGGAACAUUGACAGAUAUGGCAAUGGCAACAGUGGGUGAUUCUGUUGAUACUAUUUCCAAAGUUAUUUCCAAGUCAUCACAUAGUCACAUUCAUUCUAGUCAGGCAAUGCCUGCUGCAGACAUGAUGGCUGGAAAAGGAAAUGUUGGUUUUGAAUCCAAUUACGUGGCACAUGGCAAUAAGCAAGAUACCCAACCAUCUGUAGCGUCCAAGACGCCAGUUGUGAACGAAAAUGUAGUUUUUGAAUCUAUCGAGUCUACUGCUCCACAGACAUCCAACACACUGUCAACAGUCAUGGCUCACACAAACAAUGAAGGCAGAGAGCAAUACAUCAACAAGUGGGGUAAUUCUUUACCUUCCACUGCCUUACCGACUGAAGCUAAACUGAUUGGACCACAGAAUGAUGUGCACAAUGAUUUUUCUUCAAAAAUGUCUUUGAAUACGCGCAGGACAGAUGCACAGGGUAGUAGUAAUAGCAGUUACUGCAGUGAGAUGGACUCACUCGCGCGUAGAUCGGUUGGGCAUCGUCCACCUAGUAGUUACGGUUCAUCUCGUAUAGGCAGUCGUGAAACCCAUAUGAUGAUUAAACCGGGUCAUUCGUCAUAUAUGGAUACGCUUAAUACGAGUAUGCAAACAGUUUUGACUAAUUUUGAAGGUACAUCAUGGACAAGUGAUAGAAGCUGGGAUCGAUUUUCUGUUCAUGAACAGGCAUCCAUUUCAACGCAUCCACAAGAUACCCUACUCCAAUCAAAUAUACCUUCUCCUGUUGAGCCUCGCAAUAUGUUCAACGGUGCAUCCACCGAACCUGAUUUAAUGUUUGAGCCAAUGGAAGGAUGGGUGGAUGGGAAAACUGCAGUGACGUUGCAGCGACCCACACGCGUACUGACAGAAUCGGGUGCAGACGAUACGAAUUCAUUCAUGGCUGAUUUGAACAUAGGUCAAGUUUCAGCGGUAUCCAAUGAGCUUGCUGGAUCUUUUGUUGAAGUCAAGGACAUGCGAGUUUUCCAACAGCGAAAUCAAGGCAAUGGUGUAUUGCCCAAUACUCUUUCUACUUCCCUGCCGUCUUAUGCUGAUGCUAUUUUGGAUACUACACGCGAUGCUAAUGUCUCCAUAAAACAUGCCAGUGAUAUUGAAACCAUUGACGAUGACGAACGCAAAGGAGAGCUUGCAUUGCUUGAAGGAAUGUUGCUGAUUGCAAAUGGACAACCCAUGUGGGAACCUCAAACACAGGAAUCCGGAUACAUGACAGAAGAUAUGGUGCGUGAGCAAGAGCAGAUUCUUGAAAGUCUUGGAACGAGCGCAGAUGCAGCUAAACUUCGAGCGCGUAUGCAGUGUGCUCAGCUUGUUUCUGAUAUGGAGGCAUUCAAGGCAGCCAAUCCUGGGGCCAUGCUGGAAGAUUUUGUAAGAUGGCAUUCUCCGCGUGACUGGAUUGAGGAAGUUGGGGAGAUUGGCAGGCUUAGUGGACGUAUGACGGAUUCUGGCAAUCUGUGGCGAGAAUGUUGGGAAAGAGCCAGGCGAGUUCCGGCAUCUCAACAAAAGGCACUGUUUGAUUUUGAAAAGGAAUCUGCCAAGGCUUUACAUUACCUCGAAAGCAUGUCUCUAUAUCAGAUUUUGUCCGAAUUGAUGCCUACAUUUUUUUUGAUUGUGUACGAUUCUUUGUCUAAGCAUCCUAUAGCUUCGGCUAUCCCAUUUAUUUGUCAAUCUGUGGAUAAAAUUGGCCAACAGAUUGCUACAAUAAGAUGGUGUGAUAUUGGACCCGAUGCAUGCGACUCGUUGAAUGAGAUUAUUUCCGAAAUCCGUCAAACUGAAGUGUACAUAUAUCAAUGCGUUUCAUUGCUCUGCAAGCUGCCCGGACAAUAUGAGCUUGUAAACAGAUUAGUUCAAAGCCAACAAGCUGCUGUUGUUGGUCAUGAACGCGAUAGUGUUUUCAAACUAUUUGGCAAUGAUGAAAAUGGAUCGUUUCCGUUUCCUUAUGCAAGAGAAUUCAUUCUUCAGUCGGUUAAACUUCCCAAGCAUACACCAUAUAGCCAGUCAAGUGCAUUGCUCAAAGGAAAAGGCAUUUAUGCAAGGUUAUUUGCGUUGCUAAUGGAUAGCGAGUUUAGGCUUGUUGAGUGUAUUCAAACCCCACGAAUGUAUUAAAACAUAAUCUCAGACUUUGGUGUCAAAAAAAGUCUGCGCCGAUUCAAAUCAAACGGCUUUGGCAUAUUACUGGAUUGCAAAUUAUUUGGUGCUGCAAACAAUGACCAAUUCUAGGAUUUAUAAAUAUCAAAUUGAGACCGAUUAAAUGUAGUUGUAAGAAUGGGUGCAGAAAUAAGUCGCGAGAUUUUUAUUGCCGACUUGAUGGUAGAAUAGCCAGGUGAUAGUUUACAAUGAUCGACAAGGGAUAAUAAUGAAGAAAUGAAUAGAAAAUUGUCAAC